GAAAGCGGUACACACGUUGGAAACAUCAUUGGUAUGCAGAUUGUUGAGGGCGGACGAAAAAAUGAAACCGAGCUAGAAAGGAAACGUGAAGAUGAAGAACGAAAUGAGGAUACAUUUGGCAAAACGGACUGUCGAACACAAAGAGAGCGAGCAAUGAGGAAGCUGGAAAAUAAUCCUGAAAACGGAAAUUACAUACCAACCUGUACGGGCGAGAAUGACAUGUAA